AGCUCACUGGACAGCAUCAAUGCGACUUUCACUGUUGUAUGGCUCUGGCAAGUCAACGGAACUGCCUACAUGGAUACAGUUGCAUUGGUUCAGCCACUGCGAGCGAUCAAAUUAUCGGCAGCGCCAAUCACACGGACGGUUUCGAGCUCUGGGAGCCUUCGACGGAUACUGGGACUUGGUCCCCCUGGUUCAAACACCAACGAGACUUCAGGAUAUACCACUACUCCCACGUUCAUGGAGAACCUGUAUGGGCAGGGCAGCAUCAAUGAACCAGUGUUCGGUCUGUAUAUUUACCGUUCAUCCCUGGUGAAGAGAACACCGGCGAGAUCACCUUUGGAGGAGUCAACCCAAGCCGCUUCACCGGCGAGAUUGAAUGGAUCGCCCAGAACGCACCGUACGAUAUACACUGGGGAUUCAAGCGUCGAGUUUCGCCUGGGGCAAUAUCACCCUCGCGGGACCAAUCUACGCCCGAACAGACUGCGGCGUGUUACCGAUACUGUUACCCACAGACCAGUUUUCGACAUCUUGGACGGCGUGCCAGGUACCAUCUUGAUUGAAUAGCGAUAGUCAGCUUCCCACUUGUCUUGUAUUCGCGAGCAAUAUGACUGCGACAACCUCCCGCCGCUUGAGAUCGGGCUCGGAGCUUGCUUGUGUCCAUCCCAGCAGAAGACUACAUCGUCCCGAAUCGCCUACGAGACGC